UGCUGCGCCAUUUAAAUUCUUCAUGUCAGUCACAGUUUGCCGUGCUUUUGCUUGAAGUUUACAAAAUUGUGCCAACUGAAAUGUAUCUAUAUAACGUUGUUAGUUUGUGUUUAGAAUAGCUAGUUACCUUCACAUACUGCAGUGUCACCUGGAGCGCGCCUCAAGGACGUCGUCUACAAAGUUUCCUUGCAUUGAAGUUGAGUGGUACGCGCUCCGUUUGGCUAUGGCUAGCUAGGACUAUUUUUUCGUACUUAUUGGCUAGCAACCGUGUUAGCAAUGUGUUGUCAUUCGCAAGUAACAUCAGAUACGUUUUAACUCACUUAAUCAUGUGUUAUAAUAACUAGCCAUUCUUGACAAACGUUAGCAAAGUCAACGUUUUGAAAGGUAGUAGCUAGCUAGCUACCUAACGAUAACUAACGUUAGCUAACUUCGCUACCAUUGGUAAUAGCUAGCGAAAUUAGCUUGCUAAUGUUGCAUGGAUGAGUUUGGCGUAACUUGAUAAAGAGAGGCAACGUUACACGAAAUCGAACACACUUUAAAAGUGUUUUUUAUUUGCAAGUUAGCUUGUUUACUGAAUAAGUAUGUUAUUUCUACAUUGGCUUGAGAGGCCAGCCGACGUGUGCAGCCGUGUUUUUGACAGCUUUUUAGAGUAUAACGGUAGUCCUGUCUGUCUUUAGAGGGGCGUUUACCGUGAAGUGUCAAACUAGCCGCCCUCAGUUUGCUAAUGUGCAGCACCAGCUAACGUUUUAAUCUGUAACUACUGUAACGUUAACGGUUGCUAGCUUGGAUAGUAUGUAAUGUCAAGGAUUAUUCUACUGUACUGUAUCAUAGAAAGCUGGUUAUGUCAAUUCUGUUAUCAAUUUAGAAUUUAUAGCUAACGAAUUCAUGUUUGUUUUUGCUUACUGUCUGAGUUCAGUAGAUUGGUAGUUUUUGAACGUUUGACAGCCCCAGAUAUAAACUGUAGCUAGCUACGUGAUCAGGGGAAUAACAGCGCACGAGCUAGCUAGCUAUAUCAAUACUUUUUAGCUGUACUGUAGCUAGCUAUAUUUUCGUCUCGCGGGGAAUGCAGCAAGCCAUUCAGCGUUGCACGAGGAAUAUUUCCUGUGAAGACGGAUUAGAAGCCAUAGAGCUCAGAAUCCCAGCAAAGUCGAACUGACUGGAGAUGAUCUAGCUUGGAAAACUCCCAUUUCUGAUAAAGCAGGAUCAAGAAAUGGAUCGAGGUGGACUGAAACACAGCAAUAACCAGGACAAGCGCUUAGAGAGAGGUGAAGAGGGAAGCUUCUCAGGUAAAGCAGGCGGUUCCAAGUCCACCACAUUAACCUCCGUGAUGCAUCUGCCUGGCUCCACACCCCAGCCUCCAGCCAGAGACUCCUCCAACGGACUGAAUGUCACUAAGACUCAGGGUGAGCGCUCCACAGCAGGGACAGCCUCCAUGGGACUCACUAUAGAGGAGGCUGAAGUGAAGGUAAUGGGCAAGGCCCUGAGAAUGCAGCACACACAGAAACAGCAGCAGAAUCAACAACAGCAGCAGCUGUUUGAGAACUUUGCUCUGUUGGAAGAGAGUAUUUCAGAUUUGAAUCGAUCCAACACCCCGGGGAGCUCAGUACUUGAAUGUCCUAAUGACCUUUUCCCGCUGAAAACAGAGGACUUUUCACCCAUGGAUAAGGACAGGCUUAACAUGGGGACAGUCAGCUUUGGACAGUCACUGAAGGACUUGGAUAGCAACGACAAUUCGCUGGACAUUCUGCAGGAUUUGGACUUGCCUGGCUCUCUGUCUGACCUGAAUGAGUUUUACCUGGCUGACGAGGCCGCUUUCCUUUCCUCCCUGUCAGUGGAUGAUGCCCUGCUCGGUGACGGCAACAUGGAAACCAAGCCCAUAGUCAGUAGCAGUGGGGGAAACUGUAAAAAUGUGAAUGGCGCGGACCAGCAGCAGCAGCUACUGGGGCCAGGCAUCUCCAUGCCUGUCAUCAAGACAGAGAAGGACGCUGACACCUCCUUCAUCCAUCUUUACACCCCAGGGGUAAUCAAGCAGGAGAACGAGCACCAGAGCUACUGUCAGAUAUCCAGCCUGGACAUACCUGGUACCCACAGCUCGGUGGACUCCAUGAGUGGACUGAGUUACCACUACAGCGCAAACACAUCGACGGCAGUGAGUAUACAACAGGAUCAGAAGCCUGUCUUUGGCCUUUAUCCGCCACUGCCCUCAGUCAGUGAUGGCUGGAACAGAGGCAAUGGAUUUGGGGAUGGAUCAGGGAUGUCAACUCCAUCCAGCUCAUCCUUUCUUGUCAGCUUCAGCAGUCCAACGGCCAGACCCGAGGCCAGCGGCUCCACGUCGUCAGCCCCUGCCAAGCACAGCGGUCCAACCCAUAAGAUCUGCCUGGUGUGUUCGGACACGGCCUCUGGCUGCCACUAUGGAGUCCUCACCUGCGGAAGCUGCAAGGUCUUCUUCAAGAGGGCCGUUGAAGGAUGGAGAGCACGACAAAACACAGAUGGACAACACAACUAUCUGUGUGCCGGGAGGAAUGACUGCAUCAUAGACAGGAUCCGCAGGAAGAACUGCCCGGCGUGCCGCUUCCGCAAGUGUCUCCAAGCAGGGAUGAACCUGGAAGCAAGGAAAAACAAGAAGCUGAUCCGAUUAAAAGGUCAGCAGGGCACGACGGAGCCGAACGCUCCAUCACCUGACGAAAGGGUCUGCGCCCUGAUCCCCAAGUCCAUGCCCCAGCUGGUGCCCACCAUGCUGUCCCUGCUCAAAGCCAUCGAGCCAGAGGCGAUUUACUCUGGCUACGACAGCACCAUCCCCGACACCUCCACCCGCCUUAUGACCACCCUCAACAGGUUGGGUGGACAACAGGUCGUCUCAGCUGUCAAGUGGGCCAAGUCCCUACCAGGGUUCCUGAACCUUCACCUGGAUGACCAGAUGACCCUGCUGCAGUGCUCCUGGCUGUUCCUCAUGUCGUUCGGCCUUGGCUGGCGCUCCUACCAGCAGUGUAACGGGGGCAUGCUGUGCUUCGCCCCUGACCUGGUUAUUAAUGAUGAGAGGAUGAAGCUGCCCUACAUGACCGACCAGUGUGAGCAGAUGCUGAAAAUCUCUACUGAGUUUGUGAGGUUGCAGGUGUCCUACGACGAGUACCUGUGUAUGAAAGUCCUGCUGCUGCUCAGCACAGUACCAAAGGAUGGAUUGAAGAGCCAGGCUGUGUUUGAUGAGAUCCGCAUGACCUACAUCAAGGAGCUGGGGAAGGCCAUCGUCAAGCGGGAAGAGAACUCCAGCCAGAACUGGCAGAGGUUCUAUCAACUCACUAAGCUACUGGACUCCAUGCAGGAAAUGGUGGGGGGCCUCCUGCAGAUCUGCUUCUACACUUUUGUGAAUAAAUCCCUGAGUGUGGAGUUCCCUGAGAUGCUGGCCGAGAUCAUCAGCAACCAGAUACCAAAAUUCAAAGACGGGAGUGUCAAGCCGCUUCUGUUUCAUCAUGCCUUAAACCAUGACACAAUGCCUUAAAACCCCAGCCUCCCCACCCUCCCGCCCGCCAUCCAGCCAGACCCGCCUGUUUUCCCUGCAGACACCCCACCAGGACCGCUACCAGUACGGAUUAAUGUAGUGAGUGUGCACUCAAAUCAGUUCCCAGAAGACUUGGUGCAAAAGAGAGAGAAAAGGAGUGUAAGAUUGUCACAUUGAUCAUGAGCGACAUGGCAACAAACUAACUGACCCUUCUGGAUGAAACAAGGAUUCAACUGUUCUGGAAUCCUGUUUAGACCGUGAAUCACUUCAAAACACUUAUUGUGAGAUUGGAGGAAUCCAAUUUUAACAACGAAAAGAGAAAGGAAUAUUUUCUAUUGAUUUAAUGCAUGCACACACCACUGAAAUGUUUACACAAGAAUAUCAGAAAAGGGAAAACGUGCCUUUUUUAGCUUUGCAGGCUGUCCAUAGCCAUUUUUCUCAAACUGUCAAAUGCAAGUAUUUUGCAUAGGAAUCUAAUAUAAACACCUUUGUAUGUAUUUGUCUGUUCUCUUUCUAAGCAGCCAUGUUUCUUUUCUAAAAUGGGCAGUUAAAUGAUCCCCAGAAGUGAAGAGAGUGAACUCCUUAUGUAAGGUACAGUACAUAAUAAAACCAACAAUAUGUUCAAUUUCAUUCUUAGCAACCUUUCAGUAGUUGUUAUGCUCAAACAUUAAUAUGAAGAAGGUUGAAUUAGAGGUUCCUGCCAUGUCUGAGCGUAUACAGUAUAUCAGGGUUCCCCAAAGUCAGUACUG